AUGGCGAUAGUUCUAUUUCAAGUUGCUCAUGAAUCACCCUUCUGUUCCCCAUCCAAUCAAAACAUUGGCUUAGAUUACAGGCAGCAUAGAAGUUUCGGUUGUAACUCGCCCGCCACCACCACUCGUGACUACAUUAUUUUAUAUGGUUUUCCCUUUAUUAUAGAGGUGGCGGUUCACUUCUUUUUAAAAUGGGAAACUUUAACAGCAGAUGUAGGAAGAGACAAGGGACAGAGCUCGAAAAUAACAGAAGAUAGAACAGAAGGAGUGGCACCCACAGAGACGUCCGCUAGCGGCGGCUUGAUAAAGAAAGCCCAGCACACGGCCACCAGUUCCACACUUCCACCUCUGUUCUUACACCCAGCAGGCAUGCAUACCCUACCGCAACUACCAUACGCCCGUCCGCAUUUUCCACUGACACCAUUACCAUUACUACCCGCAUGUGGUCACCAAUUUGCCACAUCUUACCACCUCUCUUGGACCGGACACGCUCCAACUUCUUGCCCCUCCAAACACGAAUACGAUAAGAAUUCAACACGACCGAACGGUUUGGCUAAAACCGAAGAGCUGCAGAAGAAAUCCAAAUUCGAUUUUUCUCGAUUAGCCGAAUCGGCUACCACGCAAGACGAUUCUCCACCCGAUAAAUCGAGUGGCAAUAAGGGAUCAUCGGCGGUCAUAACCAGUCACGCUUUUCCAUUUGUACCCUCUUACUUUGCACUCGGUGCUGUCAGCAUCGGCUCCGAUUUCUUCGAAAGAAAAGUAGGACGAGGAAGAGGUUCUUCCAGACCAAAGAAGGAGUUCAUCUGCAAAUAUUGCCAACGCAGGUUUACCAAAUCGUACAAUCUGUUAAUCCACGAAAGGACCCACACCGACGAACGACCUUAUACAUGCGAAAUAUGUCAUAAAGCUUUCAGGCGACAGGAUCAUCUCAGAGAUCACAAAUACAUCCACUCGAAAGAAAAGCCUUUCAAAUGUAACGACUGCGGUAAAGGUUUCUGUCAGUCUCGUACUUUAGCUGUCCACAGGAUCCUUCACAUGGAAGACUCCCCACAUAAGUGUCCUACUUGCGGGAGAAGCUUUAACCAAAGGAGCAACCUCAAAACCCACCUCCUGACCCACACGGACAUCAAACCUUAUAACUGUCCUUCCUGUGGUAAAGUGUUUCGAAGAAAUUGUGAUUUAAGACGACAUACUUCCACCCACUUAGGAAUACCAGAAAUGUCACCCACAGGUAGCCCACUAUCGCCAUCUGCAAAUGUAGAUAUAGAAGGUUGCGAUUAUCACGUCUCGGAACACCAAGAGAUAGUGGAUGUGGAGAAUUGAACUUUCUUCCUUUGUGCUUCUCUCAAAUUCUUUCCGUUCGGAUGUUUAGAAAUAUGAAAUUAAUCCGGAAAAUUCUAAAAAUUUCAUUAGCCUAAAUACAGGCAUAAAUAUAUUUUAUUUAUAUUAAAAAAAAUAAAUAAAUAAAAUAAAAUUUAGAUUGUUGUGUAUAUGUAACUUAAUAUUUUCUGAAUAGGCUACGCGCAAAAUAGAUUCUUUAAUUAUGGCUUCUCUGUAAUUCUGUAAGUAAAUCGGCUUACAAAUCUAAAAAUUUAAGCAGAAAAUUGAUAAAUUUAGAGCAUUUUUUCUGUCAUAUUGUGCCAAAAACUUGGACGUAUCGGCUAAGAACAAGCUUCCUCAUAAUGAAGUUCAGACGUUGUUCUUCAGGUUCCUGUCUAGAUUCUGUACAGAUUCUUCUAUAGACUUAUCUAUAAAUUCGUAGAAAAAGAAAAAUAAAUAAAUAAAAGGUG